UUCAAUAGUUGCAUGCUCCUCUUUUUCGAUGCUAUAGAACGCCAGCAAGUCACUGAUGGCGUCUUGAAAGCCGAGCGGACUUUAUCGAUAUUCAAAGAACUCGAGGAAACCAGCGUGCAAACGCUCGCGCGGAUUGCAGUUGAAAAGAUUAGUCGGGCCCCCCAAACGCUGCACGACCUCGUUGCACAAUCGCCACAAGGCAAUUCUCAAAGCCACGAUCGGCAAGGAAACCACACAGCUGGGUACGGAGCUGAGAAAAACGGGGUAUCACAAUACUGGGCUGGGAUCGAAAACGUCAUGGGUAACACUGGCAUGCAGUUGCUAGAGACGUAUGAUCUACGAACACCAUCCCAAGAGAAUUUUACUCCCAUAAACUGGGGUACACCUAGUUCAUCGACGGAUCACUCAGAAGAGCAUGGAACUCAGCAAUGAGAGCACAGUAACAUGUCGAAAUCAAGACCACAAUCAGGACAAUAGGCAAAGCAGUAAAUCACUCACACAAUGCGCUACACCAUCAGCCAACCAUCACACGCAGCAAGAACGUUACACAGCUCUAGUCUCAUAUGCAGAUCCCACUAGGCUACCCCCGGAGCCACUGAAGACGAUUACAGCACAUCACACUUAUCACUACAAAAUGAUUCGCCCAUUCUAUCCUCAAGCACCGGGCGCGAUACCCUUCUCCCCCUCCCCCCCC